UUUUUGAAAUGGAAGAUCUUAGAGAUAAAGAACACAAUCUAUUGAGGGAAGAUGUUGAACUCGAUUUUGCUAUUCAUUUGGAAAAUAAGUGAAAGAUAUUUAAUCCUAGGAAAUUCACAGGAAAAGAAAGUUAUUUUGAUAGAUUGUCAAUUCUGAGGGCUCUUUCAAUCAACAUCCCAAGACCCUUAUAUUCCUCAAAUAAAAUCAAAAAUUACUCAACAGUAAACUAUGGAGCUCCUCACAAUCACUUCUCCAAAAUAAAUGUAACUCACAAAAGGAAAGGAUAUAUAAAUUUAACUAGGCAAUUUGACUAUGAUUUCAGGUCUUCGUCAGGAUCUCCUUUUAUCCCUAUAAAUAUUAAAAAAUUCUGGUCUCCUAGCUCGUCUUGUUUUUUUGAUAGCUUGAAGAUAACUCAGAGUAAUCUCAUAAAACUAUUCUUCACUCUUCAAUCAGUUGCCAAGCUUUCUUUUUACAAGUGAAGCUUUGGAGAGGUGACAAGAUCGUCAAAUAUAAUUACCCAACUCAACAAUACGGAAUUAAACUUCCUAAUGUGCACUGAUUUCAAAGCCCGGCAAUUUUCAUCAGAAAUCAAGGUAUUUUCUUCAAUACUGAGGUUUAUCAAAAAUACUUCUAUCAGUAAAAGAAUCAAUUCUCUCAAAGUGGUCCCAUUCGAGGAUCAAGAGCAACUCAGAGACCUUGUGGUUUCUCAUGAGUUAGAGCAUAUGAAAUUUUUGUAUGGAAUCACAUUAGUGGAUGAGAAUACUCUCGAAGUUUAAUGUUUAAAGAGUAAAACUAUAUAAAGCUGGAUUCAAUUAUUUUUA